GUUUUUGAACCGUAUAAAUAUUGAUUUUCAUCUAAAUUUUCUUUUAGUUACACGACAGUCGUUGCGGUCUUAAUUUUACAUUUAACUGGCAUUUCACAUUUGUUAAGCAAAAACGAGGAAAGAAAACAUAUUUAACGUGAUUUUCGUGACAAGCACUUUUUUUUGCUGUAAUCGGAAGUUUAUUCUGGGAAUGUGAUCAAAAUGCAUGAAAUUUGUGUUAAAGUACUUUUUUUGUGGUGUCUUUCAUACUGUGUCACACUAUCACACACGACUUCGGAGAGUUUUGUGAAAUUCAAGCGCGGACUCGAAUUUGGCGAUGUGAGUUACAGUUAUGCGCAUACUGACUUCAGUGAUCGCAGCGGUUCGAAUGUGAAAACGACGACAGUGGUUCGACGCAUCGGUUCGCCAAAAAUUAACGAUAAAAUCCCGGAAAACAUGAUAAAAAUGCCGGGCGGGCAUACUGUGCAAUAUUGGCCUGCGGAUAUGGAUCCCGCGUUGCAAAUCAAAAUAAAAACUCCCCUCAAAAAUGUCAUGAACGAAGAAAAUUACGGUCAUUACACGGCUUAUACGACAAAUCAUGAUGACCAUUGGCCCCCGAAGGGUGACGCGAAAAAAGGUGACGAAAUGAAAAUUGUCUACAAGUCGCCCAACAAGAAGGAAAAUAGCUUGAAAAAGAUGCCCGAAAUGGAAAGUAAGCCAGUUCCCAUGAAAGUCGAGAAAGAAGUCAUCAGCGACAUCAUCGGCACACAAGACACCGCUCCCAUGCAAUUCCCCAUGAACGAGGCAAACAUGAAAGCGGCGAUGCGGCAACGUGUCGUCACAAUCGGCACCAAAUUGCAAUCCAUCACGCCAUCCCAGACGCAAUACGAAAACGCGUUCCGUCAAAAACUGCCGGAAAUUUUCGUGCCGCCCAUCGGAAACUACGACGAAUUCCUCGCCAACUGCUACAAACUCUCGAAAAACGGUCAAUUUGCAUUUUCGGUGCCGGCAAACGAUGAUUUUGUGAAACUCGCGAAUGCCUUGUCCGCCGGCGAUAUCCCAUUGAUCAAACAACUGGCGAAUAAUCUUCAAAUGCCGCAAGACGAGGUCAUAAUUAACUUUGAUAGUCAACGAUUUGUGCCCGCUGCAGGCAAUGAGAACGCAAAUUCGCAAUAUCUGCACAUGAUGCCGAGCGCGGAAAUGUCGGCGGCGAGUGAAAAACCAUCGACGACGACAACGGAGCAUGUUCCGGCGCCUCCGUCGACCAUGCGAACGGCAUAUAUGGCACCACGUGUGCGCCUGAGGAAGAAAAUUAACAGAAGACCCAAGUUGCCGGAGCGAAUGUUAAUGCCACGCGGUAGACCAGUGACGACAGAAGCGCCAACAGCUCCGGAAGAAAUGACGUCUGAGGUGACGACGGAAGCAAAUACGAUCGCCAAUAGCACCGGCAUGCCCGGAAAUCGUCGAAGACAUUACGAGUACGAUUAUCAAUGAGAGUUUUAGAGAAAAAUUGUUGUUUUUUUUUAAUUUAUUGCUUUGUUUUUAAAAAAUGUUUCAUAUUGAACAGAAAUAAAUAAUAAGAUUUCGCUUUGUAACUUAUUGCUAUUGAAAAAAAUUUAAUUUUAAAAUAGGUUUUUAAGGUAAAAUAAGUCGAUGCUUGUCAAGAAAAGUCAGUUAGAGCUCCAUUAAAUGCUAUAACUUACGCUUUUUGGUUCAUUUUCAGCGAUUCAAUGGUCAAUGAUACUAAAUUUUGAUCAUUUUUUAAAUUUUAUUUCAGAAAAUUAAGUCAAAAAUUAAAUUUAAAGCAAAUUUUGUUGAGAAAUUCUACCUUGUGAUGAUCAUUUCAAGCCUAAUAUGCUCUUUUAUAAACUUUUUAGAAGAAAAUCUAGUUGGAAAAGUCAUUUUUAC